UUUUUUAUUUAUUUAGAAAACGGCAGCCUGUUAGUUAUUACAACUUUUGCUCAGGUCAAGGAAAUUUCUUAUCUACAGGUUGUGUGCAGGCAGUGGCCGUGAGACCGGUAUCUAUAUUCUUCAAUACAAUUCCGUGAAAAAUGUUCUCGGUCAUAACAGUAAGUGAUACGUGUUCGAAUGGAACUGCCACGGACAUCAGUGGACCACAUCUUGUUAGCUUAGUGAAAACCAAACUAAAUCCCUCAGCGGAUGUUCAUUACGUGGUUGUACCAGAUGAAAUCGAAAUUAUCAAGCAAUCUCUCAUCUAUGCCGUUGAUGUUCUUCGAGUGAACGCAGUGUUCACCACCGGUGGAACCGGUUUUGCUCCACGGGAUGUAACACCGGAAGCGACAAAAGCCGUUAUCAGCAAGGAAGCUCCUCAGUUGGCGCUGGCGAUGACGUUGAAAAGUUUGGAGAAAACCAAAUUUGCAGUUCUUUCGAGGGCAAUAUGUGGCGUACGGAAUCGAACGUUGAUCGUGAACUUCCCGGGCAGCAAGAAAGCCGUUGAAGAAUGCUUUCUUUCCAUAGUGGAUGUCGUUCCACACAUGUUGCAGUUGUUAAGCGAUGACAUUCCUAAAGUUCGGGAAACGCACAAAAAGGUUCAGUCUGAUGAAGGUGCUGAACACGUGCAUGUGUGUCCGCACGCUACGGGCAAAGGAGGAGAAGAUAGGAAUUCCCCGUUUCCCAUGAUCGAUGUGGACGAGGCAGUCAAAACAAUUCUCGAAUCAAUCACGUCAAAGUCCAGUCCGAAAAAGCAAUUUAGUCGAGUUAACAUUCCUCCCUUCCGGGCUUCCAUUAAAGAUGGCUAUGCAUUGAAGUCGAUUGGCGGGAAAGGAGUGAAGCGAGUCGUUGGAUAUGUUGCGGCCGGUAGCGGCAUAAUCGGAGACAACUUCAACAUAGAUGAGUGUUACAAGAUCAAUACAGGAGCUCCGGUGCCUGAACAAGCCGACGCAGUAAUCCAAAUUGAAGACACCAAACUCAUCUCGGCUGACAAUGACAUCGAGCGAAUUGUUGAGAUUUUGGCAGAUCCUAGCCCUAAUCUUGACAUUCGAUCUAUCGGCAGUGACUUGCGAAUGGCCGAAGAAGUGUUUCAAUACCAUUUCCCAGUAGAUGCCGCCCAAAAAUCUCUACUGGCUUCCAUUGGGGAGCCGUUGGCGGUAGAUAAGCUGAAGGUGGUGAUAAUUUCCACAGGCGAUGAGCUUGUCCACCCGUACGAAGACUCUAAUCAAGCGACGUCGAUCGAGGGAAAGAUUUACGACUCCAAUACAACGAUGUUGGUACAAUUGCUACGGCAGUUUGGCUUCAACGAAGAGCAGUGUGAACUGCACCAGCUUGUGGUUAGAGAUGAAUAUGAAUCACUUCGCAAAGAGGUAAAGGUUCUUACUGGCGUUGCGCAUGCCAUAAUCUGCACUGGAGGAGUAUCAAUGGGAGAUAAAGAUUUCGUAAAGCCUGUGCUGAAGGAUUUGGGAUACGACUUGAAAUUCGGGCGAGUCAACAUGAAACCGGGAAAGCCUUUCACGUUUGCAAAUAAAGAGAAAACGUUGUUUUUCGGUCUUCCUGGGAAUCCAGUUUCGGCGUUCGUUACCUUUCAUCUGUUUGCGUUACCAGCUUUGAGAAAAUAUCUGGCUUCCAUUAAUGAAGCACCUUGUGUGUUAGCAAAAUGCAUUUUACCUAAAAUAUCGGUUGAGUUACUAACUGAGAACUAUGAACUGGAUCCAAGACCAGAGUUUGCACGGGCAACUGUCAUAUCGAAAAAUAAUAAACUUUACGCUCGCAUAACUGGCAAGCAGGUCAGCAGUCGGCUUAAAAGCAUUGUCGAAGCAGAUGUCCUGUUGCAUAUGCCGGUUCGAUCCUCCUAUAAAACAACGGUGACCAAGGGAGAAUGCUUGAUAGCUUCUAGUUUACGUGCGGAUUUCAUUUCAGCUUAUGAGUAAAUAGUGACUUCCUAUUUUUUUCUUUCAUCGCAUGUUGUGAUUUAUGUUAAGGAAAAACAUGUCUAUUUUAUAAUUGAAUUGAACAUAACUUCUUCUUCUUCUUGGCGUAAUGUCCUCACUGGGACAAAGCCUGCUUCUCAGCUUAGUGUUCUAUGAGCACUUCCACAGUUAUUAACUGAGAGCUUCCUCUGCCAAUGACCAUUUUGCAUGUGUAUAUCGUGUGGCAGGCACGAAGAUACUCUAUGCCCAAGGAAGUCAAGGAAAUUUCCUUUACGAAAAGAUCCUGGACCGACCGGGAAUCGAACCCGUCACCCCCAGCAUGGUCAUGCUGAAUACCCGUGCGUUUACCGCCUCGGCUAUAUGGGCCCUCAAUUGAACAUAAAUGAAAUCCUUAUUUUACUGAAACAAUUUUAAAAAGAUUGUGAUUUGCUAAAAAAAAAAUAAAAAUAAACUCUUCAAUGUUUUUAUGAUGUCGACCAUUAAUUUACAGAGAAGUCCAAAUUCUUUGUCUGUAAAAAGUGUAUUUAAGUUCCAGGGGUAAAUAAAAAGGAACGGUAAAGGUUGAAUAACGUGUUAUACAUGCCCGUGUAGCUGCCGGCAUAGAAUAGCACUAUGGACCACCUGUUCCGGGGGUAAAAGUCCACCAAACAGGUAAUCUCAAUCCAAGGUGUUAGGCGACCCGUGCUGAUGGAUGAAUGAUUGAGGGAGUUUAAAAUAUGCUCGAUCUUCAACGGAACCCGUAGCGUGGGUAGACCACCUUUAUGGGUUGCGUUGCGGCGAAAGAUCUACCAAACCGAACCCUAGUCCUAGGGUAAGGGAGGUAUUUUGGACCGCUUUAGGAAGUGGAUGAACAAUUCAGCGAAAAAAAAGGUCGCUACUUCUAAAUAUGGAUAAUUUCAGUAGGCAUUACGUAGAGCAACAUGUUUUCUGUCGAAAAAGGCCAAACAGAACUCAAAAUUGUUGUAAAAAAUACAAGAAAUAUCAAAACUCCUGAAGGAUCUCGGGCUUCUAUUUUGGACCACCAAGUGCACAUAUUUUGGCCCACCAAAUUAAACUUCUAUUGAUUGAUAAAAUGAAAGCCACCCCAGCAAAAUUUAAACAUAGUUAAAACUACGUCAAGUUUGCAUCUUUUCCAUUCAUUUUUUGAGGCAGGGAACGUUUAAAAAUUACGUAACAGUAGAAAAAGAUGUAAUUUUGCUGCUAUUGCCAGUUUUUUACGCAUUGUAGUAUGAUGUUUCAUCAAAAAUGUUACGCAAAAUGUGUAUUUACUAACUAUUGCAUGACGUAAGUCACCAUGUAUGAAUUACGUAACGCUUCAUAGGAAAUGUGAAAGUCUAGUGAUUUUGAUAAAUAUAAAGGCGUUCCACACAUAUUGUCAUGAGUGGAAAGGUCAUAAAAAAAGUUCUUUGAAUGAUACGUAAUUUGCCAAACAUACCUACAUUAGAUAACACAUUGUCUCAGUCAUCAACUAAUUGCCGAGAAGGACAACUUUUCUAAACUGGAUGACUGAACACCUGAAAAUUUCAACUUGUCGAAAAGUUGUUAGGGCACGAAUCGAAUCGAAACGAAAUAACUUGGCGAAAAGUUGUUAGAACAAAUCGAACUCACAACAAUCUCAUUGUGAAAUGAACGUAUAACAACCCAGAUCACGGGAGGUCCCAAUCUAUUCUAUUUAUCUACUUACAGAGUACAUUACAUUGGCAUGAAUGUUUUCUCCUUUUAGAAGGAACUGGAGAGAUGGAUCUGACAGGUGGUCCAAAAUAUGUCCACAUCUGAUUAUGUUGAACAUAUUUUGGCCAUACCUCAAACCACCAUUUUAGCGAAUAUUAUCGCUCCACCGAGGUUAAAAACAGUUUAUUUUGAGUUCUUACAUGGCCCUAACUACAUUCACAUGAAAUAAAUAUUUAUUUGUAAAAUUUAAUACCUCUUCGAAGCCGACUACAAAUUUGUCAGCUCUUUUGUUUUUGGUGCUUUUCCGUGCGUUUCAUUGGAAGUGAAAACAUUUUCUCUAUUUUUGAUACUGAACAGCAUAUUUAACUGACAUCCAAAAUAAAGGUCAUCACACAGUUGAAUACUUUUCGUGUUCCAAUAAAAAAUUACCAAGAUUUAGUAGAGAUUAUGUGAUAAAUAUCAUAAAUCUCCCUAGGUGGGCCAAAAUACCUGCCCGGUCCAAAAUACCUCCACUACCCUAACUGCUUCCAACUAUCAAACAGCAUAUUUUAGUAAUUAAAGGAAAAACUUUGGCUCUUAUUACAUUUCAUACCUUGUUAAAAGUGAAAGGUCUCGGUUUGCUUGUGGCCGAAAAUGAUCUUGAAACAAGGAAAACUGGAUAAGUAUUUCUAAUCUUUUUUUUUUCGUUGUACACUGGUUUGAUGCACUAAGGGUUCCGAUGCAUGUUCAAUAGGUAUCGGUAUCAUUUUUUGACUUUUUCGUUAAGGGAUUCGAUUUUGACUGGAAAAGGAGCGUGCUAAUGCGGAACCUUUCAAUCAGAAUCCUUCCUUGCGAUUAAGUUGAAAAUGACUACUGUAACAAAACCGAAUACUUUAUUACUGCUCAAUAGUGAUGAAGUAACACGACAUGCACUAUACAAAGGACACGGGAUAUACCACAUAUAUUUGAUCUAUAUUGGUCGCAGUGGUUAGGGGCUGUCCAUUAAUUACGUAAGGGAAUUUUUGCGAUUUUCUGACACCCCCUCCCUCCCUUGUAAGAUUUUUUGUAUGAGAACCCAAAAAUGUUUGUAUGACGCGUAAGAUUUCUCAAAACCCCCCUCCCCCCCAUUAACCCUUACGUAAUUAAUGCACAGCCCCUUAUGCCCCAAACAGAAAAAAAAACAGACUCCACCAUUCUUCCCAGCAACCCUAUUGUGCCUCUUUGUGACUGCGGCUGAGUUGCGAACCGUAGGAAAUAUACGGUAAUUAACCCUGAUAGAAACUUUGGUCAUGGUGGGGGCUGGCUCACCAACACUUCCGGUCCGCUUUAGUGCGUUAUGCAUCAUUGUGGCCAGGUGUUGUUCUAGUUUUUCCAACUGUAUUGUAAAGCAUGAGCGGUGAUCCUUGGCAUUCUUGUGUAAAUUGGGGUACUCGGAAUGUUGAUCGAUCACCGAUUAUUGCUGGCAGAUGCAGUGGAAAAUUUGUCUUAAUACGUAUCAAUCGUCUCUGACAAACGAGAAAAACUGGUCUCACUGAUUACCUGUCUCUGAGCCAAAUUUGGUAUAGAGUCUUCAGUCUCCGAUUAAUCGCUUCAUGUUUGAUGGAGGCUUUUAAUCCAAUGGGUUACAUAGCCGCUAUCCGAAUGAAGAGAGUAAUGUUCCGCGUAAUAUAUCACAAAUCAAAAGAGGUGCGGUAUAUUACGUGGAGCGGAUAUACUGAAUUGGGUACCAGACCAAGUCCCUGCUGGUUGGCACGAAAUAGGUGAGCCAUAGACAAUAGAAUCGUCAAUGUCGUAGGGCAUAGUAUGUGACUAUUGUCGAAACCAAAAAAACUUUUAAUGCCCAACCAAAUCAUUAGCAAUAUCAAUUUGCUUCAAACGCGUUCCAGUGAUAGGGUUAAGAUUAGGAUCAAUUAUUACAAUACAAUUUCACGUUUCAAUAUGUGUUUAGUAGUUUUAGAGGUAACAGCCUAAUAAAAAAUUUUCUGUAGGUUCAUAACUUGCACUCAACGAGUUGAAUGUUAUAUUGCCUCACAACUGUAAGGAACAUUAUUACUCAUUAAUAAAAGGUUGUAUCAUCAAUAUGGACAUUAGACUUGCUGAACGAAACAUUUGACCAAUUAACAUCUUUCAGGUAUAAAAUAGGUAGUAGGACAAAACUUUUAUUUUUAAAAGUAGUUAGGGUGCCUGUACCAGUUAUCGCACUACCUAAGAAAAACUAUUUCUACAAAAAUAAGAAGAAGACCGACGGAUGUAAACAAUAAGUCAAAUGAUUGAUUUGUUUCCAUACUUUAUAGGAAAAUUAUAGAAACGGAGCCAAAACUACUUUUAGUAUUUAUUACGGCGUGUGCCAAUGAUAGGAACCCUGUACCAGUUAUGGACACAUUUGUUAAUUUGGGUUCCACUUCGCACUAUUUACAUGCAUUCCUUAUGGGAGUUGCCAUAACUGGUACACUAUGGCGAAAUAGGGUGCAAGGAGGCCGAAAAGUUAAGGAAAAUGAUUUAUUUCUACCAUAAUUUGAGCAAAUUGUGAAGUUUGAAUGAUUGCAAUCAUCUUUUGUGAUCGUGAUCUGUUAUUCACGAUUUUUUUCUUGUUGAUUUGUAUCUUUAAAGGUUGAAAAUCAACUAUGGCGAAUUUGAGGUACUAUAGCCAUAACUGGUACACUGAGCCUAUCUAUGUUCAUGAUAGAAGAGUAUCGUAAAGUGAUACCACCCGUUUCAGAUCCAGAAACGUUUCACACUGAAAGAAGGUUGGAAUGACAGUGUGAACAGAAGAUCCGAACUGCUAGGUGUAGGAAGAAGUAUGUUUAUCUCCCCUCCCCUUCCCCAACACUCUGUAGAAUUUUGAUACAACUUCACGUAACUGUUUACUCCCUAGCCAAGAUCACAGGAUUUGACGGUAUUUAAGUGAAGGAAGUUAAUUAUAAUUCUUGUAAUGAAAACAUCACCUUCGGCUGCUACAGAUGGAGUAUAGCUGAUUUAUCAGAAAUGCUCGAUAAACAGGAGGAACCUGCUAGGGCUUAGUAGUUUCUAUACUCAGAAAACAGGUCCAGUCGGUUGAGUCGGGAAGGGUUGCGAGAGUCGUUGUGAAUCAUAAUGAAAACAUUUGUGCUUUGUGACGAAUCUUGGGAUCUUUCUGGAGUCAACAGACUUGGAAUUGUUGUCUGGGCUUUCCACUAUUUGGUUAAUUUUAACAAUCAAUAUGCAACAAAUAGUAGUAUCUCGUGUAUUCGAAUUGCUCAUUCACAGUGCUGACAUUGUAUUUACUUGUGAUUAAUAUUAAUUUUAAUUUUCAAUAUCAGUAUUUUCAUAUGUGAUAGUUGUUUUGUGAGUAAACCCUAAUAUGUUUUGAAUGGCUAAUGCUUAAUAAUGUUUUCUUGCCAUAUCAAUUUAAAAUAACUAAGAAGUCGAAACCAAUAGUGUGAAAGUGCAGCAUUUAAUAGUGCUUGCUUAUAGAUUCGAAGCCAACGGGUGAUCAAGACUCAAGACUUAAGACGCAUACUUGACGAAAUCGACAAAAACUGACUACUUCGUCCUAUAUAUAUAUAUAUAUAUAUAUAUAUAUAUAUAUAUAUAUAUAUAUAUAUAUAUAUAUAUAUAUAUAUAUAUAUAUAUAUAUAUAUAUGUUUAUACUAAUAUAAGUGGGCCGCGGAGCUGUGCGGCCCAGUAUUUCCUUUUAUUUUUUAAUUCCAGAAAACGCCAUAGUUCUGAAGAAAACUUAUCCUGGUACACCCACGAAGUACCCAAACACAAACGGAAAUUGUCCGGAGCAAUCAAGAUAAGUAAAAACUUUUAUAAACAGGCACGCAACUCUUUCUACUACUAGGCAAAUAGAAUAUUUAUGUGUUUGCUUAUUCAUCACAUUCGUGGCUGUGCGGAACAUUUUAUAAUAUAGGUACCGUACUUAACAUUUCUUCAAUUCACCUUUAAAUAACUGAUCAUUAAAUUUUGUAUAAAAACUUGCAUCUCAAUUAUUUUCAUCAUAUUAGUUUUCUUUUAUUUCAGAAUUUUUAAAGCAUUAUGGUAGAAAGAGUUGGUGUCAUGAUUCAUGCAAAACUUGAAACUGAAAACUCCUUAUUUCCCCCUAUGGGUUAUAGGGAGGAGCGGGACAUUCGAGCCUACUCAUCAGUGGAAAGGACUUGCUAUGCUAAUCGGUUUAGCAUAGGGCAGAUACAAGUCUACUGGUAGACGUAUCGCCCAGCGAUUCAACGCAGAUUGGCCACGGCCCGGGGGUGCGUUGAUUAUAACAGAAUAACAGAAUAACA